GCCAUUAUAUCUGGAAUCUCUUUACGUUUGUCGUGUCUUUCGUUUUCCUCGAAGUUAGAAUUACAUUUGAUAUUGGAUUCAGAUAUAGAUUCUUUCAUAGCGUUUCACGAUGGUUUCCUUAAAUCCUGUAAGGAUUCUCAAAAAUGAGGCAGAGGAGGAAAAAGCAGAAAUUGCUAGAUUGAGCUUAUUUGUAGGAGCAAUAGCGAUAGGAGAUUUGGUAAAAUCGACAUUAGGACCUAAAGGUAUGGAUAAGAUUUUGGUAGCUCAUGGAAGAUCUGCAGGUCAAGUACAAGUUACCAAUGAUGGAGCUACAAUUCUUAAAAGCGUUGGUGUAGACAAUCCUGCUGCUAAAAUUUUAGUUGACAUGUCACGUGUUCAAGAUGAUGAAGUUGGAGAUGGGACUACUUCUGUUACAGUACUUGCUGCUGAAUUAUUGAAAGAGGCAGAAAAAUUAAUAGAACAAAAAAUUCAUCCACAAACCAUUAUUUCUGGUUGGAGAAAUGCAACUAAUGUAGCAAGAGAAGCACUCAAAAAUGCAGCUGCAGAUAAUUCUGCAGAUAGUGAAUGCUUUCGUGAAGAUCUACUGAAUAUUGCACGUACAACUUUGAGUUCAAAGAUCUUAUCUCAACAUAAGGAACACUUCAGCAAGUUGGCAGUAGAUGCAGUAUUGAGACUUAAAGGGUCUGGAAAUUUAUCGGCUAUCCAAGUAAUUAAAAAACGUGGAGGAACUCUUUCAGAUUCUUUUCUGGAUGAAGGUUUUUUAUUAGAUAAAAAGCCUGGUCUUCAUCAGCCUCAAAAAAUUACAGAUGCACAUAUACUUAUAGCUAAUACUCCAAUGGAUACUGACAAAAUUAAGGUAUUUGGCUCCAGAGUUCGUGUUGAUUCUAUGGCAAAAAUUGCUGAAUUGGAAGUAGCAGAGAAAGAAAAGAUGAAGGAUAAAGUUGAAAAAAUCAUAAAACAUGGUUGCAACGUUUUCAUAAAUCGACAACUAAUUUAUAAUUAUCCUGAACAAUUAUUUGCUGAUGCUGGAAUUAUGGCUAUUGAGCAUGCUGAUUUUGAUGGAAUUGAAAGACUUGCUCUUGUUACUGGCGGAGAAAUAGUCAGUACAUUUGAUCAUCCUGAGAUGGUAAAACUUGGUAAAUGUGAACUCAUUGAACAGGUGAUGAUUGGUGAAGACACACUACUUCGAUUUUCUGGCGUUGCUUUGGGAGAAGCGUGUACUGUCAUUAUACGAGGAGCUACUCAACAAAUUCUUGAUGAAGCAGAACGGUCAUUGCAUGAUGCUCUUUGUGUUUUGGCGGCAACAGUACGUGAAUCGCGAAUUGUUUAUGGCGGAGGUUGCAGCGAAAUGGUAAUGGCAUGUGCUGUUAUGAAAGCAGCAGCUGCGACUCCUGGAAAAGAAGCAGUUGCAAUGGAAGCUUUUGCAAAAGCUUUACAACAAUUGCCUACUGUUAUUGCUGAUAAUGCUGGUUAUGAUUCGGCUCAAUUAGUCAGCGAACUAAGAGCCGCACAUAAUUCUGGAGCCAAUACGAUGGGUCUGGAUAUGGAAACAGGAAGAAUCGGUUGUAUGAAACGACUAGGAAUUACAGAAUCAUGGGUUGUAAAGAGACAAGUUUUACUAAGUGCUGCAGAAGCAGCAGAAAUGAUACUACGUGUGGAUGAUAUUUUAAGAGCUGCACCAAGAAAGCGCGUCAAGGACCGUGGACGUUGUUAAUAGUGAAAAUGAUUUAAUUGCUAUUACAUUAUUUACAUUGCUUCUCUGAUUUGUAAUACGCGCAUUAUAUCGACUUACUUAUAUUUCAAACUAAAUAUUACACACAUCCUCGUUUUUAUUAUUUAAUACACUUAUUUCGAACAACUUAAAA